GUAGAACACACCUGUAGGAAGAUGGAACGCUUGCGUCUUCUACACAUUAAAGGAGGCGUCUUCGAAGAAGGUUUAACUUGGCAGAAGGAUUAAAUGACGAAGAAGAGUUUCUUAAAGGGAAAAACAACACACUGGUGGCUUCUUGUGUUGGAAGCUAUAAAUCCACCCCGUUGUCGCUGAGAGAAGAGGAGACCGGUUGCGACGGAUGGGAAACUGCGGGAGGAAUGGUGCUGUGAGACAGUACACAAGGUCCAAGGUUCCUCGGUUGAGAUGGACUCCUGAUCUCCACCAUUGCUUCGUGAACGCCAUCGAGAGGCUUGGAGGCCAGGAGAAGGCUACACCCAAGCUGGUGCUGCAGCUGAUGGAUGUCCGAGGCUUAACCAUAUCGCAUGUGAAGAGCCAUCUCCAGAUGUAUAGGAGCCUAAGGAACGACAUGGGCAGACAAGAGCUGCAAGCAAGGAAGCAGUCAUGGGAUGAGAAUGAUGGUGGUGCUGAUGAGCGAGAUGAUGCUGGUUCCUGCUCCUACUCAAAACCCACUCAUCAGGGAUUCCAGUCCCAGUCCAUGUACAGCAGCACCCUCCCUCCUCUGAAAAGGGCUCGGAUGGAGACAGCAGCCACCUCCAAAAGUUGGCAUUGCAGCCACUUUCUCGGUGAGAGGAUCGCCUCCCAGUCCUGCUUUGAUGAUUAUACGCCAGCGGCGGCCUUGGGUGUUGAGAGGGGAAUCAAAGAGGAGGCACUCAGAUGGCAGAAACAUGCUGCUCUCUUGCCAUUUCAUCAUUCUCCCAAGUUCAAAGUUUCAGGAUCUAGGGUGGAAGAAUCCAUCUCCUUUAAGGUCAACGUUCUCGACCACAAGCAUCGCCAAGCAGCACGUAAGCUCAGGUCCGAAGAGGGGGGCUGCAAGAGCCAAUGCCGAUCGCACAGCGAGGCUACGGAGAACGAGGAAGCCUGCAACUGCUCCUUGUCGCUGUCCUUGUCGCCGUAUUCUACGCAGCGGAGCGACGCAUCUUUCGCAGGGAAAGGAGGCUUUGGCUUCUGUUCUUCCGCGGGAAGAAGCAUCAGCGAAUGCUCGGCUUACCCCGGUGGCCACAGAAUCAAUCUGGAUCUGUCCAUGUCCAUCUGUGGUUCUUGAGUGUAGCCCACCUGUGGAUCUGUAUGUGUCUGUUCUCAUCAGCAGCAUACAGUAGUUGUGCCAUUGUGAGACCGGUGGAUGUACUACUAGUUGGCGACUUGGAUUGGUUUGAGCUAACUGAGUUAGUAGGACAGCGUGGUGUUUCUUGUCCUUGGAGUGAAGUAAACAUAGAGACUCUCUCUUCGCGAUA